UUACGCGCGUACAAGCUCUCCAAGAGAAUCCCCUACGGUCGGCCCCUCCCCUUUCCGUUUCUUGCCGCCCUCACUCAUUCAUGACCCCGUAUCGGUGACGUAGGAGAUUCCACGGUGCCUACUGCCGUAGGCAAUAACGGGAUGCUGGAGUAUAUAUGGGACACUGGUAGCCAUCAACCGGCACACUCUCAGUCGCUCCGACUCGGGAACCAGGGCAUCAGCGGAGAUAAGGCUUUACUUCAACCUAUUAGGCUAACUCGCUUUGGGCUUUGGUUCAGGAUGGAAACCUCUUCGAUUUCUCGGAGCCGACGAUGCUCCAUCAUGCGCAACUGCAAAAGCGGUCUCUCCCUCUGGCUGGUGGUGUGGCUGGUCCUCGGCAAGCCAAGUCCGGCAUCGGCGUGCCCGCACUUGUGUGUGUGCUACCCGACGCCCAUGACUGUGAGCUGCCAGGCGCAGAACUUCACCGCCGUCCCGGUCGGAGUGCCCUACGAAUCGCAGCGCGUGUUCCUCCAGAACAACCGGAUCACGGAGCUUAGAGUUGGCUCUUUUGGCUUCGGAACUCAGGUUCUGUGGCUGUUCUCCAACAACAUCACAUGGAUUGAGGCAGGGGCCUUCAGUGAGCUGAGGGACUUGGAGGAGUUGGACCUGGGGGACAACCCUAACCUCCACAGGCUGGAGGGGGGAGCCUUCCGCGGCCUAGAGAAACUCCAGAGCCUCCACAUGCACCGCUGCCGGCUCACUGCCCUGCCCCAUGACAUCUUCCACAAGCUUUACAGCCUGCAGUUCCUCUAUCUGCAGGAGAAUAAUCUGCACUUCCUGCAGGAUGACAUCUUUUCUGACCUCAUCAACCUGAGCCAGCUUUUCGUGCAUGGCAACCGUAUCCGCACCCUCUCAGAGAACGUGUUCCGCGGCCUGGUCAACCUUGACCGCCUUCUUCUCCAUGACAACCGCAUCAGGCAGGUGAACCGCCGCGCCUUCCGCGACCUCGGCCGCCUGACCAUGCUCUUCCUCUUCAACAACUCCCUGGCUGAGCUGCCUAGCCAGACCCUGAGGGACACCCAGGGCAUCGAGUUUCUCCGCCUCAAUGCCAACCCAUGGUCCUGUGGCUGUGAGUCCCGCGCCCUGUGGGAGUGGUUCCGUGAGGCCCGUGUCUCUUCUUCCGAGGUGAUCUGCGCUUCCCCUUCCACCCGCCGCGGCCAGGACCUUCGCUUCCUUCGUGAGAUGGACUUCGCCCUCUGCCCCCUGCCCGACCCCGGCUCCAUCGCUGGCUCCACCACCACCACCUUCAGCACCAAGACCCGCUGGUGGUUCCACAAGAACAAGCCCCAGUCGUCCACAAAAGGCAUCUUUGAGAAGGCCUCCGAGACUGUCAAGGCCGGUUUGUACGGGAAAGGCCCAUCCACGACCACCUCAGUAGUCAAGUACGAGCUAGGGGAGGAAGAGCUGGCGCUGCCCAAACUUGACCCAGAAGAGUACUGGGCAAACUAUGGCAACGAAGACUCAGGUGUCACUCUGCGUUGCUUCGAGCUUGAAUGUCCACCUGAGUUCGACCUGCCUCCAUCUUCCUCCUCUCCCUCAUCCUGCUCGCCCUCUCUCUUCUCACUACUAGCCCUUUCUGUUUUCACCCUCUGCCUCAACCUCCACCUAUUAUUCGGCUGAAUCAGACUCUUAGUACCACUCCCCAUGUCCUUCCCGGCCUGUUUUAAAGGCUGUGAGGACCCCUGUUAGACUCUCUACACCCCCUUUGCCUGUGUUGCUGUAAGCCUGUUCUCAAGGCACAGCCAGGGAGAUAGGGGGACGGUUAGAUUCUGAAUCUACCACCUACAGGGCUUAACACUUUUCAGGGCUGCUAAGAGUUCUUCAGCUAUUCAUAUAUAUCUACAAUACUCUACAGGUAUGGCUUUCUGUGUCUCACCUGUACGAUGUCACAAUUCCCUGUAAUCAGGGCUAUGAGGGCUGAGUACAUCUCUAAUGUCAACAUGAUUUGAUAGCAGUUGUGAAUGAUGUUGUCAAUUUUGUCACCUCAGCUUAGUUAACUAACUAGUGCUAUUAGUGCAUCCAAUUAACUGGCUGCUACAAUUACUACGAUUACUGUUAGAAUCAGUGCACAGUAAUGACAAUACUGUAACCACUUAAAGUGUCAUGUAAAUAGUUAUAUAUUCUGUGAGUGUUCGAACUGAUAUCUGUGGUCCAGCACCAUCACUUUCAUCUUUAUCCAGGAAAACUGUGAAGGCUAGUGCUUCUACAGGACAGAGCACAAUGCACAGUGAGGCUGAGUGUUUACCAGGAGAGAGAGAGAAGAGAAGAAAACAUACUGUGAAGCUGGGAGGGAGGGAAGAUAGAGAGAGAGAGAGGGAGAGAGAGAGAGAGAGAGAGAGAGAGAGAGAGAGAUGAAUGCAGGGAUGUCAAAGAAGAAGGAAGAGUGACAAGGAAAAUAACAGCGACAGCAGGGGAAGGGAUUUUGUUUUAAAGAGACAGGAUUAGAAAGAGGAAGAGAAAAAAAGGAGAAAGGAGGGGGGGACAACAUUCAUGCAGCAAUAAGAGAAGAGGCAGCAGCGAGAGUACAGCGAGACACUGGGAGAGACAGUGCUGGUCGUAGAAGCGGCAACCUGCAGGAGAAAAGUAAUAAAUCCACACAUCAGUAGUUGUUCCAUCCAUCAUACCAUCCACCACUUUCUGCAAAUAUGGUGUCGUUUGAGACAACCACAGGGAACGGUUGCUUCCUGUCUGGAAGCCAGAGAUAUUUGGUUGUUGGAUGUCUUUCUGUGACAUAUUGAUAUAAUGUGUAAAGAUUGUUGACUUGGAUGCAGAUAAAGAUCUAGAUAAAAAGAUAUACUGAAUAUUUCCUGAA